AUGGCACCAACAAUCGUGCUUAUCACUGGGGCCAAUCGCGGCAUCGGCAAAGGUCUCCUCGAGAAAUAUCUGGCUAGGCCUAAUCACACCGUCAUCGGCACGGUUCGUGAUCCCGAUCACGAGUCAUCUAAGGCCCUGGCUAGUCUGCCCAAAGCCAAGGGGUCUUCCCUGGUACUUGUCAAAUUUGACAUCACAGUCAAGGCUGACGGUCUAGAUGCCGUGAAACAACUGGAAGCGCAGGGCAUUGAUCACCUUGACAUUGUCAUUGCCAAUGCCGGUGUCUGUUUUGCAUGGCCUAAGGUGUCCGAGAUCAAAGUCGAAGAUAUCGAAGGCCACUACGUGCCGAACGUCCACGGUCUUAUCUUUACGUACCAAGCAACGCUGCCUCUGCUGAAGAAAUCCAAGAACGGCAAGUGGAUUACAAUUGGCUCGUCUUAUGGCACAUCCAAAGUCGUUGCACAUUGGUUGACCAAGGCUAUCCACCGAGAAGAGCCGGAGCUAGUUGCGUUUCCCAUCGACCCGGGGUAA